UCAGUCGUAAGUAGUAAGAUCGGCUGAUCCGCAGUCGAUAAAAGUGUGCUGUCUCGUGCGCACGAGUCAGACGACGCGAUGGCGCAUGCGCAAGUGUUGAUAGUUUUACUAGCGAUAUGUUAUAUUGGCGCAGAUGAUGCCGUAUCAACGCCAAAACCUAAAAAAGUCCUAGACACCGUCAUGAACCCCUCCUACAUACCUUCAGACGAGAAGCACGGCUCCUACUGGAGGAAAACAGCUUCAGAAGUAUUGAAAUCUAAGCUUAAAGAAACCAUCAACACCAAUAAAGCCAAGAAUGGUAUAAUGUUCAUCGGUGAUGGAAUGUCUUUGGCAACUGUCAUGGCGGCUAGGACAUUCGCUGGACAGCGAGAGAGAGAACUUGGAGAAGAUAAUGUUUUAGAUUUUGAAAAGUUUCCCGUAACUGGAUUGGCGAGGACCUACUGCAUAGACGCUCAGGUACCGGAUUCAGCUUGUACUGCUACAUCAUACCUCACAGGAGUUAAGACCAAGUAUGGAGUCAUUGGUCUGGAUGGCAAUGUUACUAGAGGUUCAUGCUACUCCCAACUUUAUAAAGCCAACUGGUCACCUUCUAUUGGACAGUGGGCGUUGGCGAAUGGAUUGGAUGUUGGUCUUGUUACUACCACUCGAGUGACCCACGCUUCACCGGCUGGGAUGUACGCCCACACAUCCGAGAGGAACUGGGAGUCGGAUGCUGAUAUUCCUGAGGAGUGCCUGAGCUUAGGGUGCAAGGACAUAGCGUAUCAGCUGAUCACAAGUAAUCCUGGAAGGCAAUUUAAGGUAAUAAUGGGAGGUGGGCGUCGCGAAUUUACACCAAAUGUUACCAACCCUUUAACUAACAGUACUGGCAAACGUCUCGAUGGCAUUGAUUUGAUCGACCUCUGGCAUGAAGACAAAGUCGAUUUAAAUGCCACACACCAGUACGUUACAGACAGAAGUGAGCUGAUGAAGGUUUUUAAUUCAGAUGACUUGCCUGAAUAUCUUCUAGGGCUGUUCCAAAAUGACCACAUGGAUUAUCAUUUGAAGGCCAAUAACCAGCCAUCCCUAGAAGAAAUGGUAGAAGUAGCUAUAAAAAUGCUGAGCAGGAACGAAAGAGGCUACUUCCUAUUUGUGGAAGGCGGCCGAAUAGACCAUGCCCAUCACGAUAGCUACGCUCAUUUAGCACUGGACGAAACUGUUGAAUAUGCUAAAGCCGUUAAGAAAGCUAAAGAACUAACAAAUGAAGAGGACACUCUUAUUGUCGUAUCUUCAGAUCACGCGCACACAAUGACAGUAGCUGGUUAUCCAUCAAGGGGUAACGAUAUCCUUGGGGUAGUUGAUACGGCUAAAGGAGCUGAUGGGAAACCAUACACUACUAUAAGUUAUGCUAAUGGAAAGGCUACGUCGUUUAAUGAAGCAGGAAGAAUUGAUGUGACUUUGCAUAGUGAAUUUUCAAAUCGUGAAUUGGAUUAUUCAUAUCCAAGUUUAGUUCCUCUGGACUCUGAAACCCACGGAGGUGAGGACGUCGCUGUGUACGCGAGCGGACCGUGGCAGCAUUUGUUCACGUCUAGCUACGAACAAUCCGUCAUACCACACAUGAUGGCAUAUGCUAUGUGCCUGAGUGACAAUCCACACGAAAAUUGCAGGCCGAAACAACAUAGAACCUUCUGGUCCAACAACGGCUUCAAUAUGAAACCAAAUAAGUAUUAUUUACUAAGUUUAUGUGCUGUGAUAUUAUUAGUAAGCGAAAUAUGUUUGUAGUUAUUUUGUUUUUAGGCAUGAUACUUAAUUUAUAUUAUAAUAAGAGAACUGUUAUAUACCAAUCUAUAUACCUACCAGCUGUCCAUCCCGAGUAAUUUACACUAAGUGUGAAAACACUCUACUCAUUUCACACAAUUGUGAAAAUUUUAGCAGAUAUAUAGCUAAGCGGAUGUAUAUAUUAUAAAAAAAAAAACAAUGAACCAAAUUUUAUCUUUCUAGA